AUGUGUAUUGCAGUGUUUGCUUGGCAAGUUCACCCUCUCUAUCCUUUCCUUCUCUUGCUUAAUAGAGAUGAGUAUCACCACAGGCCGACGAAAGAGGUCGGGUGGUGGGAGGGAGGGGAGAUACUGGGAGGAAGAGAUGAGGUAGCUGGAGGGACGUGGUUGGCAUGUACAAGAGAAGGUAAGGUCUCGUUUCUUACGAAUGUCUUGGAGCUUCACACUCUCCCUGAAGCCAAAAGCAGAGGAGACCUUCCCUUGCGUUUCUUGGAGAGUAAGAAGAGUUCAGAAGAAUUUGCGAAGGAGUUGGUGAAGGAGGUUCACGAGUACAAUGGGUUCAACCUUAUAACCGUCGACCUUUCUUCCAAGAAGAUGUUUUACAUAACAAAUAGACCGAAAGGUCAAACCCCAACGGUUCAACAAGUUCAACCAGGCAUCCAUGUCCUCUCAAAUGCCAAGCUCGAUUCCCCUUGGCCUAAGGUUCAACGAUUGAAAUUGAAUUUCAAAAGGCUGCUUAGCACAUAUGACGAGGAUGAGGAUAUACCCAUGAAGGAUAUGGUUGACAAACUAAUGAGGGACACCACGAAAGCCGACAAAAGUCAACUUCCUAAUAUCUGUCCAUUUGACUGGGAAUAUGAUCUAAGCUCGAUAUUUGUAGAAGUAGACACACCAUUGGGACGUUACGGGACUAGAAGCAUGAUUGCGCUGAGCAUACGAGAUAAUGAAGAAGCAAGUUUCUACGAAACCUACAUUGAAAGAGAAUUAUGGUGGGAGAAAACCGUAAAUUAUUAUAUUACUCCUAAGAUUAAAAUAAACGACAUUGAUUCAAUCAUGAAAGGGGCUAAAUCGAAGGGUGAUACGAAAAAAGCUGAUAGCAAGCUCACUGUGAAGAAAGUUGCACCGAAGGGUAAGGCUGCUAAGGAUCCGAACAAACCUAAGAGACCUGCUAGUGCCUUCUUUGUGUUCAUGGAGGACUUCAGGAAGCAGUUUAAGGAAGAGAACCCUGGCAACAAAUCCGUUGCUGCAGUCGGUAAAGCUGGUGGAGCAAAAUGGAAAUCAAUGUCUGAUGCCGAAAAGGCACCUUUUGUUGCCAAAGCUGAGAAAAGAAAGAAAGAAUAUGAGAAAACCCUUGCUUCCUACAACAAAAAGCUGGCUGCUGGUGGUGAUGAUGAUGAUGAUGAAGACUCUGACAAGUCCAAGUCUGAGGUUAAUGAUGAGGAAGAUGAGGAAGGCAGUGAGGAGAGAGGACAAAUUAGUUUUGUUGCUUUAGUGUUUUUGACUUUUAUGUUCCCUGUUAGUGUUGGCCAUUUUCUUAUGAAAUGGAUUAUGCUUUUAAGGUUCCUUGCAACCAAAGAGAAAAGGCAAGGAAAAAGAUCAAGAUUGGCCAAACUUCCUAUAAAUACCAAUUCAAUCUUGCGAUCUCAUAUAACGGAAAUGGAAAUGGAAAUGGAAAUGGAAAUGGAGGUGAAAGCAGUGGAAACCAUGGUGAUUCAGAAGCUCACACAAUUCAUGAAUCAAGAAUCUGCAGCCAAUCACAAACUAAUCACGCAUCAACUACAAAACUCGCUCAAGAACCUGCAAAACUUCUCACAACAAAACGACAUUUCAGAAGCGGACCAUCUUCAAGUCGUUUACGAGUUCGAGAACGAGAUUGAGAGAUUCGCCUUCCGAGUUGCUCGACACAAGAAGAAGAGGUUUGGUUUCUUGUUGAAACAAACAUUCUCCUUCAACAAUCUCAACUCCUGUCGUAGCCUAACAAUGGCGAUCAAGAAAUGCCAGACCAAGAUUCGCACUCCUUCUGAAGAUGAUACCAUCAGUUCAUCCUCAGCUGUUUGGCCAAUUCCAAAACCCCCAACUCCUCAAUGCCAUUUUUUGACUGAAUCAUUCGACUCGAAGCUUUGCCUGCUAUACCUGACUCUUUUCCCAAAAGAUUUCAACAUCCCAGUAAGAAGGUUGCUCAGACUAUGGCUUGCCGAGGGAAUUGUGCAGACAAGUUCCACACACAAGUUCUUCCCAGAGGAUUUGGCACAGAAACAUUUCCAAGACUUGGUUGAUCGGGGUAUGAUUGAGAUAACCAAGUUCAGGUCCGACAACAGCCCUAAACAAUGUCGUUUGGUUUCUGUUCUUCACGACAACCUGUCGCCAAAAGCCCAGGAUAUCAGCCUGUUCUACAUCCAACGCGAUUUGGAAUCUGAGGAUGUUACAGGUCACUUUGGCAUACGUCGACUGGUUCACCACAUGGUUACUGAAAUGGGCACUUCACAUUCCAAGAGUUUCAACUUCGACCCAUCUCUUUUGAGGUCUUACGUGUCCUUUAACCCCCCACGAAAGGACAUGCCAGCAAAAGAAGUAGGCAUUCUUUUGGGUAGAAUCAUUAACAGCCACUUUUGCUUAUUGAGGGUGCUUGAUCUAGAGGGUGUGAACAAGCCUACUCUCCCCGAUAAGCUUGGCCACUUGCGUCUCUUGAGGUACCUGGGACUGAGACGAACAUACCUACAGAGGCUCCCAGAAUCUGUAGGUGACCUAACUUAUCUAGAAACACUAGAUGUGAAGCACACUUGUGUAGACAGCCUACCCAACUCCAUUUGGAAGCUCAAACAGCUUCGUUAUCUCAAUCUGAAUAACAUUCGUCUUGCCAUGCCACCUAGCAGUUCUUCAACUCUCCUCACCCUAUGGGGACUGGUUCUAGACGAGAAGAUAUCAGUGAAUGAGAGUCUGGGCAAGUUGCUUGCUCUAAGAGAGUUGGGUAUUAAGUUCAACUUAAACACAAGCCAAGAUGUUCUGCUUGAAUGGAUUGCAAAGCUGGUCAAUCUUCAGUCUUUGAGGUUGAUCUCCAUAAAUGACCAGAAUCUGCCAUCGGAGCUAGUUUUGAAGCCACUAGUGAACUUGGACAAACUUUCUAAUCUUAAUCUGUAUGGUACUUUACAAAGAUUACCCCCUCCAAAUGAAUUCCCACCAACAAUCAAGGUUCUCACCUUGUCAAUUUCUCAGCUGAGAGUGGAUCCAAUGGAGACCCUGGAACAACUACCUUUCCUGAUUGUGUUGAGGCUCUUGGCCAGCUCAUUCACAGGAGCAAGAAUGGCUUGCCAUCGAGGAGGGUUUAAAAAGCUUGAGGUUUUGAAGCUGUGGAGGCUGAUGGAGUUGGAGGAAUGGGAUGUAGAGGAAGAAGCAAUGGAGAGCCUCAAAGAGUUAGACAUCAGAUGCUGCCAUGAGCUGAACAAUAUCCCUUGUCGAUUGCUGCAGAAACGGAGAUGCCUGGAGAAAUUAACAUUGACAGACAUGCCCGAUGACUUUGUGGCCCGGACCAAGAAAAGAAAAUCUAAGGACACGGCUCUCACGAUCAAACCUGGAGAAUUUCCUCCCUACCCUGUAAGUUCUGAUGGCGUUUCCAGGUUUAUGCAGCCCAUGUAAGCCGGCGCCAAUCUUGCAUUAAGCUCAAACCUGCGAUCAUGAGGUGUUAAGCACCCGUUAGCUGUUCAAUACGGAUUCUUUCAUUGUGCAUACGUCUUCUCGAAGCUCUUGUAUUCUGUUACUACUGUUUCUUGUACAUUCACAUUCCAGAUG